GAUGGGAAAUGGUCGUCCUAUAUCCUCGAAGCUGAGAUAGGGGAGGGAGAAACAGACGCGAAAGGAAAAUGGUUGUCCUUACCAUUAUCUCUACCCCUCCAUUGCUGCCUUCACUUUGUGUUUCCUUACCUGCAUCAACGAAGGCCAUUUAUACUUCUCCAGUUUCCAGGUUGCACUUGAAAUCCGUCUCUCUGCUCUCGAAAUCCUUCGGUGGAAUUUCCUUUUUGGCAGUGAGAAGGGGUACGAUGGCUAUAAAGGCUUUGACGGAUGCUAAGGGGAUGGGUCCGGAUGCUGGGGAGUCUGUGUCAGAAAGUGAUGAUGAAGAGAAAUUGCAAUCAGAGAAAAUCCCUCUUGAUGCUAAGCUACAACAGAAGCUUGAGCAAAAGUUGAAGAUGAAAUUGGCAAAGAAGAUAAGGCUUCGCAGAAAGAGACUUGUUCGGAAGCGAAGGAUGAGGAAAAAGGGACGAUGGCCACCUUCAAAGGCAAACAAAUUGAAGAAUGUCUGAUAUUGUUCCCUCUUAUCUUCUAGGUAUAUUGCUGGGCUUUUCGCACCUAUCCAUGUAUUGUGGUUAUGCAACUUUUGAUGUGUGAUUUUGUUUAUGAGUGUUCUAAGUUCUCACAUUGUUCUGAAGUUAUAGUCUGUAUAAAACUUGGCUCUUUUGCUCA